AUGGCUGAGCCACGUUUUUCAGGGAGGGAGCCUGAAAGACUGAAUCAAAUAGUAACCAAAGAUCCAACUACUGUCAUAUCAGAGCUCAGCUGGGGCCCGGCUGCCAGUUCCAACUCUCCUGACCUUGGACAGGAGAGUCCAGGUCCUGCUGUCUUGAAGGAAGAAAUGGGCGAUGGUCAGCCACAGAGAAAUGUCCUACGCCAGAGAAGGUAAAAACAAAUAAAAUGUUGCCCCAACUCUCUCUCCAGCUUGCUGCUUUUCCUCUGGCUCACAUCCCUGCAACUUUCUGUCCUCAGCUCUGGUUUUGUCUCUUGAGGGAGGUGGCAAAAUUCAUUUUCCAUCUGGCACAAGCUGCUUAAUACCCCAUUGCCUCGCCAGGAAGCUACUUUGGCUAUUCCAGGAAUUAGAAGGCUUGGUUAGCUUUUAACACUUGCUGGAUCCAGGGAUUAGAGGAGUCUGGCAUACAGCUUAACACACACACACCCCAAAUUUAUAAUGCUAUUUUUUGGGGAGAAUCAGGAAAUCACAGGCCCAUGCACUUAAUGUGUAUCUCACAUAGAUUUGUGGAAAGCAUUACAAAACCUAGAAUUACUAAGCAAAUAAACAAACAACCAACCAGGAAGAGGAAAAUGACACAUACUUUCAAAAAACAAAAACAGUCUUUCUGAAUCCUUCUUAACAAACAUGUAGAUAAAGCUGAUCCAUUAAACAUUUCUCUCUCUCUCUCUCUCUCUCUCUCUCUCUCUCUCUCUACUUUUGCAAAAUCCCUUACCAAAAAUACCCCCACAUUUGAACUCAUGCAGGAGUAGGUUUCCUCCAAUUUACUAUUUGAAGAACAAAGUAUAAAAGUAAUCAUCAUCAUCAUAAUUUUAUUAGUACCCUGACCAUCUGACUGGGUUGUCCCAGCGACUCUGGAUGGAUUCCAACAGGAUAUACAAACACGGUAAAACAUCAGACAUUAAAAACCUUCCCUAUACAGGGCUGCCUUCAGAUGUCUUCUGAAUGUCAGUUAGCUGUUUAUCUCCUUAUCUGAUGGGAGGGCGUUCCACAAGGCAGGUGCCACUACCGAGAAGGCCCUCUGCCUGCUUCCUUGUAACUUCACUUCUUGCAGUGAGGGAACUGCCAGAAGGUCCUUGGUGCUGCUUCUCAGGGUCUAGACAGAGCUAAAUUGGGAGAAAUAUGCAGUGGGGUCCACCAAGGGAUUAUUUCUACUGGAUUUAUUCAGUAAUGACUGUUGAGUUUGGGAAGAGGGCAAAGGGGAACACAACAGCAAAGCAUUGUUUAUUGUUUUAAAAAACGACAACAACCCCAAGCAGAAUACAGUGGUACCUCAGGUUACAGAUGCUUCAUGUUACAGACUCUGCUAACCCAGAAAUAGUACCUCGGGUUAAGAACUUUGCUUCAGGAUGAGAACAGAAAUUGUGCGGCUGCGGCGCAGCGGCAGCGGGAGGCCCCAUUUGCUAAAGUGGUGUCUCAGGUUAAGAACAGUUUCAGGUUAAGAACAGACCUCCAGAACGAAUUAAGCUCUUAACCCAAGGUACCACUGUAUAAAGCGCUCCAAAGGUACCCAACAGCAGAGCAAUUUAAGAUAGGAGAAACUAGGCAAUGAAAUGGCAAGUGCAGUUCAGUUUGAGUGAAUGCAAAGUGGGUCACAUCUUCACAUUUACUUGUGAUGGAGUCUGAGAACUAGCUGCAACCAUCAAGGAAAGAGAUGUUUCACGGCGGCUAGCUCAAAGGAGAUCCAGUGGGACCACCAAACAACAAAGGAGUGCAAGGAAUAAUAAGAGCAAUGCGGAUAGAUUAGAAAGACCCACAAUCCGAUCAAGCAUGUUCUUUUAUUUAAGGAAUCAUCCCGAAGCAAGAGCAAAUGAAGGACCUGCAAUGCAAGGUGUGUAUGAAAGGCCGUACGACACUGUGAGACACUGGAAACAAAAUACUACUGAAUAGGGGGACCUCAAUAUACUAUUGAAUAUUGGAGGACCACAUUACAGUGGUACCUCGGGUUACAUAUGCUUCAGGUUACGGACUCCGCUAACCCAGAAAUAGUGCUUCAGGUUAAUAACUUUGCUUCAGGAUGAGAACAGAAAUCGUGCGCUGGUGGCGCGGCAGCAGCAGGAGGCCCCUUAGCUAAAGUGGUGCUUCAGGUUAAGAACAGUUUCAGGUUAAGAACGGACCUCCAGAACGAAUUAAGUUCUUAACCCGAGGUACCACUGUAUAUCUAUAUCAAGUUUUUUUAAAAAAAUAGCACAUGAUAGAGGAGCAGGUUGAUUACACUGCUGCUCUGUCCGUCUUCAAAAGAGGUCCGGGCAGGAGAACAUUUGAGUGGGGAAGACCAGCAAGAAGCCACUUUUGAUUUACCAGAGCUGUCACAUUCCAGCACUGGGGAAGGGGGGGGCAGCAUGAAUAUGCAUGCUUUUAUGCCCAAUCAUCUGUGAUUUUUCUACACAAGAUGGGGAGAAAGCUAAGAAACCAGAAGAUAUCACAGAACUGUUUAACAUUUCAAAAGCAAAAAAAAAAACCCUGGCUUAUGUAGUGUCAUAAAGGAGGGGAGGGGGGAAUCAGAUGGAAACAUGUUUGGUGCCUGAGGCAGAGCAGCAAAAAUAACAGCAACUAUAAUACAUUCAGUGAUGAAUAAUUUGCACCCUCUCUCAUGAUAUCCAAAACUGGCUGCCUAACAGUAGGGCCGGCCGUGCUGUUAGGUUAAAUCAAGCGUACUUCUGUGCAUUUGCAGUUUCCCUCGUUUUCUUACAGUUUGGUAGUUCCUCCCCUCCCCAAAUUUGUUCAUUUUGUUCCUAUGACCAGAACUGCAAAAUGCCACUGAGAUAAAAUAAAUUAUAUAUUCUCCUUGCCCCAUUCUAGGCAUUAGCACGGCCCUCCUCAUUUGUCUGUUUUAUUUCCUUUCAGAGAAUCAACAAAGAACUAUUAUCAUAGCUGUACUCAUAAGCAUCCUAUUCAUAGUUUGGUGGGCAGGUGAGUUUUCUGAAUUAUUAUUAUUUUUUAGUGCUUUGUUCUAGGCCUCUGCCCGCUGGCCAUUGCCCCCUGCUGCUGGUGGGUGCCAGUGCUAGGUCUGCCAAGUGGAGAAGCCACAGCAACCCCUGCUCAGCUACCCUAGGGAAGAAAUGGCAAGGGCUGUCCUCUGGGGUCUCCUGGCAUGAUUCAGAUCCCUUUCCCCAUCACAACGAGCCUUUGAUUCCCACUUCAACCAUCAGGUGAGGUUGAUUUGAUUUCCCUCCCUGCUUGUUCCUGAUGUAUAUCUUCACUCACCCCUUCUUCCCUGUCAGGAAGGGACACACCAUUUGUAGUUCGCCUCAGGUGGCAAAAUGUCUUGGGCUAGGUGUGAAUGUAAGGGGGUGGAAUUCUGCACAAAUAUUCAUCAUUUUAUGAUCAUAUCUACUCAUUGGUAAUCUAAUAAUAAUAAUAAUACAUAAUAAUAAUAAUAAUAAUAGAGGCAAGUUCAGAGGAGAGUUUUCUUUCUCUUACAUUUGCAGCACAGUAUACUAAUCAGCCAUACUGUGAGGUGUCAUCUGUUCGAGCCUGUCCAGAUUCGUGGAUCAACUAUGAGGGAAAAUGCUACUUUUUCUCAGAGGAAAAGGAGAUUGGGCUUCCAGUCAGAUAUUUUGUGAUUCACAUAAUUCCGUCCUGGCUGUGAUUGACAGUGAGCAAGAAAAGGUACGUCCAACCAAUGACAUUUGAGAGGCUAUUAAGUCUGUGAGAUAAUUACUGCUAUACAGCCCUGACAGAAACACAAAGUCAACUCUUGAUUCAUCUUGAAUCGUCAUAACUUGGGACAUGAGCAAAUUCUCCAUCUCAGCCGCCGGGCAACCAUUUUGUUUGCCAUGUUUUCAAAUAUAUUGAUAUGCAGGAUUUUGGAAAGGUGACGAAGGACUAGGAUGUCGUUGGGUCACCUAUGAUGUACAUCAUUGUAGAUAAAUGUUUAAACAAGUAUUACAGUGAGCAGGGCUGAUGGUAAUACAGAAUCCAUGUACAGUGGUACCUCGGGUUACAAACACCUCAGGUUACAGACUCCACUAACCCAGAAGUCAGGUUAAGAACUUUACCUCAGGAUGAGAUCAGAAAUUGCGCACCGGCGGCGCGGCAGCAGUGGGAGGCCCCAUUAGCUAAAGUGGUACCUCAGGUUAAGAACGGACUCUGGAACAAAUUAAGUUCAUAACCAGAGGUACCAUUCUCAUCCUGGCAAAUACAGAGUGCGGCCACCACAUCACCCACCCCAUGCUGCUGCUGUAUAGGCAGCCAGCUAAGAUCAGCUUCACUACAGAAUCAUGGAAUCACACCAAUAAGAUUCUUCUAUGGGAAAGGAGGCCAGUACAUACCGGCAGCCUCCCAGGUCUUUGCUGCCAAAAUACUACCACAAUUGUUAUAUGGAUCCCAGAUCUGCAGUUUUAAAAACCUUACUCUCCUAGAGGCAUUUCAAACUAAGUUUUUCCGCUGCCUGCUGGGGAUCCCUCUUGCGUAUCCAACAUAGCAGUCCGUUUGGAGGUUGGGCAAAUUCCGAUCAGUACCCGGAUAUGGAUAUUGAAGAUCCAUUACUGGCUAAAGCUUAUUUUCUUCCCGGUUGGGCUGGCACCUUUGACCUUAUUGGAUACCUACCAAUCCAGAUGGAAGGCUACACUGCUGGAAAAGCUUAAAGGCUUGGGGAUCCCACAGCAGACCCUGAUAGCCACAGGCUUCGAGAAAGCUAGGACCACAAUUCGCCAGCGUAUCUGGGAUGUAGAAUUACAAUGCCACAUGAGUGAAAUGAUCAAACAUCCUGCAAUAAGGGACUAUGGGAGAGGUUUUCUCCAGCUAACUAUCUGUCAGGUCUCCAGGUACCUAAAUACAGACGGUCUUUUACCCUCGCCAGAUUCAACGUUCUCCCUUCUGCCUUACUUCAGGGCAGAUUUGAGGGUAAACCAUACGCAGCGCGGGUCUGCCCCUGUGGCUCGUUGGAGGUUGAGUCUGCUGCACAUGUACUGUUGCGUUGUCGUUUUUAUGAGGACAUACGUUCGACUUUUAUUGCUCCUGUUUUGCGGAAGUCCGGGAGGAGUCGGAACACCAUGGUUUGGAACCGCUGCUAGAGGACAAGAAUCCCAGGACUACAUUAAAUGUAGCCAAAUUCUGUGCGGCUGCAAUUAGUCGCAGGAAGCAAGUGGUAUCCCAUGGUGACCAAACCCCCAAGUGUUGAUAGCAGGGGCAUGCUAAUAAUUAAUUUUAAUUUUUAAUUAAUAAUAAUUAAUUUUAAUUUUUUAAUUAAUAACAAUUAAUUUUAAUUUUUAUAUUUAAAUGCUUGUUAUACUUAUAUUGCCCUUUGUAUUUUUUAUAUAUAUUUUUAUGAUCUGUGAUGUUGUGUGUGUUGGCGCUGGUCUGUGACCGUAUUAAUAAAUUCAUUCAUUCAUUCACCAACAUAGAGGGAUAAGAAGGGAUUUCUUUGAAGACAGCAGUUCUAAAUCUGAAUUUUGUGUGGCUUUAAGGCAUUCAUUCUGCGCUACAUCAGGGACACUGGUCACUGGAUUGGCCUGAGGAAGGACUCUGGACAAACCUGGAAAUGGGGAAAUGGGCAAGAAUUCAAGAACAUGUGAGUCCUUGUUCUCUUCAGUGUCUGGACUCUGGGAUGGAAACCAACAAGUAGCCUGACAAUUGCCUAGAAAGAGAUCUGCCAUUGUUCCACAUUUGGACAUGGAUAUAAUAUUUCUUAGAUACUAUUAGAUGUUAACCCAAUUCUCAAACUAAUGUACCACAAAGGGAUGUGGUUAGGGAGGGUUGGGAUCAAAAUUGUGAUGGGUGGGUGUGGGGGACUCUUGUGGAACAACCAAUGGAAUAGAGAAUGAAGAAGGAAGGGUUCAUGUUUCCUGCCUUGGAAAGAUCAAACUAGCCCUGACCAUGCAGAGAAGAGAAGUAUGUUGUGUAGAUAUGAAGUAAACACAGAGAGUUAGCAAAAUAUCUUUUUUAUUAUUUGUAAUGAGUUCUAGCACAACUUUCACCAGCUCAUUGCAGAAGCUUACAUACACAAAAUAAAAAUGCAAUAGCACUAGAAACCUGUUACAAGUAGAACCACAGCAACACUGUAAUCAGGACAAAACAGCAUGCUUAAAUGUUUAUUAAAAAGUAGGCAAGAUUAAGUAGAAGAAGAGUUUGGAUUUUAUAUCCCGCUUUAUCACUACCCGAAGGAUUCUCAAAGCGGCUAACAUUCUCCUUCCCCUUCCUCCCCCACAACAAACACCCUGUGAGGUGAGUGGGGCUGAGAGACUUCAAAGAAGUGUGACUGGCCCAAGGUCACCCAGCAGCUGCAUGUGGAGGAGCGGGGAAGCGAACCUGGUUCCCCAGAUUACGAGUCCACUGCUCUUAACCACUACACCACACUGGCUCCCAAGUGAGGAAUAUCUGUGAUUUUAUACAUAUGUCCAUUUAAAAUGGGAAGAUGAAGGACCUUGUUGACAUACUUUCCCAUUUCUAGAUGGAUAUUAAAAAAAUAUUUUUAAAUUGUAUAAUAGACAACUGGGAGAGAAUUCCUAACUGCUGGUGCCAGCACCAAGGAGGCCCUACCUCUUAUCACUAAAGAGGGACCACUGUAGUCAGUCUUAAGGUUCCUAUGAGCACAGACAGAAGUACAAUACAUCUGUGCUCUGAGAUAUGUCAUUUUGGACACUUUCCUCUUUCUGUGAAACAGAGAAUGGCCCCCUUGGCUUGAUUCUGUUUUCUUGGUUCUUUUGCUGCAGGUUGGAGCUGAAAGAAGACGGAAGGUGUGCAUUUCUGAGCACUGACAUUGACGUGUCAGAUUGUCAGGUAGCAAGAAACUGGAUCUGUAGCCAGCCUGAUACUUAUACAAGGAGCAGAAGUUAG